GAAGCCUACACGAUUUGAUUUGCCCUUCCAGAACACCAUGGAAGUUGUUGGAGAGGCUCUUCUUUCCACUGCCCUCGGCUUGCUGUUUGACAAGUUGGCUUCCUCUGAUCUUAUUAAGUUCGCCCGGCAGGAGGAUGUCCACACCGAACUCAAGAAAUGGGAGAAGGAGUUGCAGAGCAUCCGGCAAGAGCUCAACGACGCGGAGGAGAAGCAGAUCACAGAUGAGGCUGUCAAAUUAUGGCUGUUUGAUCUGAGGGUUUUGGCGUAUGAUAUGGAGGAUGUCUUGGACGAGUUUGCUUACGAAUUGAUGAGAAGAAAGCUGAUGGGGGCGGAAGUUGAUGAAGCCAGCACAAGCAUGGUACGCAAGUUCAUUCCUACGUGCUGCACUAGUUUCAGUCCAACUCAUGUUGUGCGUAAUGUCAAGAUGGGGUCUAAGAUUAGAGGGAUCACAAGCAGAUUGCAAGACAUUUCAGCUAGAAAAGCUGGACUUGGCCUGGAAAAGGCGGCAGGAGGAGCUACUUCCGCUUGGCAAAGGCCACCACCCACUACACCUAUAGCAUACGAACCUGGCGUUUAUGGCAGGGAUGAAGAUAAAAAAGCGAUUCUUGAUUUGCUGCGCAAGGUUGGGCCCAAGGAAAACAGUGUUGGCGUCAUUUCCAUUGUUGGCAUGGGCGGUCUGGGCAAGACAACACUUGCACGACUGGUUUACAACGAUGAAAUGGCCAAAAAUUUUGACCUAAAAGCGUGGGUUUGUGUGUCUGACGUGUUUGAUGUGGAGAAUAUAACAAAAGCAAUUCUCAAUUCGGUGGAAAGUUCUGAUGCAAGCGGCUCGUUGGACUUCCAACAAGUUCAAAAGAAAUUGACAGACGAGUUGACAGGGAAAAAGUUUUUACUCAUUCUAGACGAUGUGUGGAACGAAGAUUCUGAUAAUUGGGAUCGAUUGCGUGCCCCUUUGAGUGUAGGGGCAAAAGGAAGCAAAGUCAUAGUUACAACACGCAAUAAAAAUGUUGCUUUGAUGAUGGGAGCUGCCGAGAAUCUUCAUGAACUAAACCCCUUGUCAGAAGACGCUUGUUGGUCUGUGUUUGAGAAGCACGCAUUUGAACAUAUAAAUAUGGAAGAUCAUCCAAACUUGGUGUCCAUUGGGAGGAAAAUUGUUGGCAAGUGUGGGGGAUUGCCCCUAGCAGCAAAAGCCCUUGGUGGUCUCUUACGCUCUAAACAGAGGGAAGAAGAAUGGGAAAGAGUAUCGAAUAGCAAAAUUUGGGAUUUUUCAAGCACGGAAUGUGAGAUUCUUCCUGCGUUGCGGUUGAGCUAUCACUAUCUCCCGUCAUAUUUGAAGAGGUGUUUUGCAUACUGUGCCAUGUUCCGCAACGACUAUGAGUUUGACUCAAAAACUUUGGUCCUCCUGUGGAUGGCUGAAGGUUUAAUUCAGCAACCAAUCGCUGACAACCGCACAAUGGAAGAUCUAGGAGACGACAAUUUUUGUGAAUUAUUGUCAAGGUCAUUUUUUCAAUCAUCAGGUAUCGAUGAAUUCCGUUUUGUGAUGCAUGAUCUUAUCUGUGAUCUAGCUCGAGUUGCUUCUGGUGAAAUAUGCUUUUGUUUGGAAGAUAACUUGGAAAGUAAUCGACAAUCCACAAUUUCCAAAGAGACUCGUCAUUUAUCAUUCAUUCGUGGAAAAUUCGAUGUGUUAAAGAAAUUUGAAGCCUUUCAAGAGUUAGAACAUUUACGAACAUUUGUGGCUUUACCAAUUCAUGGUACGUUUACAGAAUCUUUUGUAACUAGUUUGGUGUGUGAUCAUUUGGUGCCAAAAUUUCAACAGUUAAGAGUCCUCUCUUUGAGUGAAUAUGUGAUAUUUGAGCUACCAGAUUCUAUUGGUGGAUUAAAACAUCUACGUUAUUUGAAUUUGUCUUUCACCCAAAUCAAAUUAUUGCCAGAUUCAGUGACCAAUCUCUAUAAUUUACAAACAUUGAUACUAUCCAAUUGCAAGCAUCUUACAAGGUUGCCUUCCAACAUUGGAAAUUUAAUUAGCCUUAGACAUCUCGAUGUUGUUGGAUGUUCAUUGCAAGAGAUGCCACAGCAAAUAGGCAAAUUAAAGAAAUUGCAAACCUUGUCAGAUUUUAUUGUGGCCAAACGAGGAUUUUUGGGAAUAAAGGAGUUGAAGGAUUUGUCAAAUCUGCGGGGGAAGAUAUGCAUUUCAAAAUUGGAAAAUGUUGUGGAUGUUCAAGAUGCUAGAGAUGCCAAUCUAAACACUAAGCUCAAUGUUGAAAACUUGAGUAUGAUUUGGAGUAAAGAAUUGGUUGAUUCACAUAAUGAAGACACUGAAAUGGAAGUCCUCCUCUCUCUACAACCUCAUACCAAUCUGAAGGAACUCAGGAUUGAAUAUUAUGGUGGUCGAAAAUUCCCAAACUGGAUGUGUGAUCCCUCUUACACUAAAUUGGUUGCGUUAAGUCUUAUUGGUUGUAUAAGAUGCAUAUCACUACCUUCCGUUGGGCAACUACCCCUCCUCAAGAAGUUAGUCAUCAAAAAAAUGGAUGGAGUGAAAAGUGUGGGACUGGAGUUUGAGGGUCAAGUUUCUCUUCAUGCUACGCCUUUCCAAUGCUUAGAGUCUUUGUGGUUUGAGGAUAUGAAGGGAUGGGAAGAGUGGUGUUGGUCAACAAAGUCAUUUUCUCGCCUCCGUCAGUUGGAGAUAAAAAAUUGUCCAAGAUUGAUUAAGAAAUUACCCACACACCUAACUUCUCUAGUAAAGCUCAAUAUUGAGAAUUGCCCAGAAAUGAUGGUUCCACUUCCAACAGACUUGCCUUCUCUUGAAGAGCUCAAUAUUUAUUAUUGCCCAGAAAUGACACCACAAUUUGACAACCAUGAAUUUCUCAUUAUGCCACAGAGGGGAGCGAGUAGAAGCGCAAUUGACAUCACCUCACAUAUUUAUUUGGAAGUUAGUGGAAUAUCAGGACUUUCCAGACUUCAGCCGGAGUUUAUGCAGUCCCUGCCGAGGCUUGAACUUCUAGAAAUUGACAAUUCUGGUCAGUUGCAAUGUUUGUGGCUGGAUGGGUUGGGAUUAGGGAACCUCUCUCUUCUUCGAAUAUUGGGUUGUAACCAACUUGUAUCCUUGGGAGAGGAGGAAGAGCAAGGGCUGCCUUACAAUCUUCAGCGUUUGGAAAUAUCUAAGUGUGAUAAGUUGGAGAAGCUUCCACGUGGAUUACAAAUCUAUACAUCUCUUGCAGAGUUGAUCAUUGAGGAUUGCCCAAAACUGGUGUCAUUUCCAGAGAAGGGUUUCCCGCUCAUGCUUAGAGGUCUUUCUAUUUGUAAUUGUGAAAGUCUAAGUAGUCUACCUGAUAGGAUGAUGAUGAGAAACAGCAGCAACAACGUGUGUCACCUUGAAUACUUGGAGAUAGAGGAGUGUCCAUCUCUUAUUUGCUUCCCAAAAGGGCGGUUACCCACCACCCUUAGGCGACUAUUCAUAUCCAAUUGUGAAAAUCUAGUGUCUCUUCCAGAAGACAUCCAUGUGUGUGCCCUUGAACAGUUAAUUAUAGAGAGGUGUCCAUCUCUCAUUGGUUUUCCAAAAGGUAAGCUACCCCCCACUCUCAAGAAGCUUUAUAUACGGGGGUGUGAAAAGCUAGAGUCUCUACCAGAGGGAAUAAUGCAUCACCAUUCCAACAACACAGCCAAUUGUGGUCUUCAAAUCUUGGAUAUCUCACAAUGUUCAUCUCUCGCAUCCUUUCCUACUGGCAAGUUUCCCUCUACCCUUAAAUCUAUUACGAUCGAUAAUUGUGCACAGUUGCAGCCAAUUUCGGAGGAGAUGUUUCACUGUAAUAAUAAUGAACUUGAAAAGUUGUCCAUCUCGAGACACCCUAAUCUCAAAACCAUACCAGAUUGCCUCUACAAUCUCAAAGAUCUUCGGAUUGAAAAAUGUGAGAAUCUGGACUUGCAGCCUCAUCUAUUGCGAAACCUCACUUCUCUUGCAUCACUUCAGAUCACUAAUUGUGAGAAUAUCAAAGUGCCCUUAUCAGAAUGGGGCCUUGCCAGAUUGACCUCUCUUAGAACUCUUACCAUUGGUGGCAUAUUUCCAGAAGCCACCUCCUUUUCUAAUCACCACCACCACUUGUUUCUUCUUCCUACUACUCUAGUUGAGCUUUGCAUUUCACGUUUCCAGAAUCUGGAAUCCUUGGCCUUCCUGUCUCUCCAAACGCUCACCUCUCUUAGAAAGCUAGAUGUCUUCCGAUGUCCUAAGCUCCAGUCUUUUAUGCCAAGGGAAGGGCUGCCUGACAUGCUUUCAGAACUGUAUAUAAGAGACUGCCCACUCCUAAUUCAAAGGUGCUCAAAAGAGAAAGGGGAAGAUUGGCCAAAGAUUGCCCACAUCCCCUGUGUGAAAAUAGAUGACAAAUUGAUACUUGAGCAAUAAGAAGUUGAGAUGGCAGCAAAAUGAAUGCAGAGACCACCACUAUAUAUAUGUGUGCUUGUUGAAACUCAUCCAACGGAAAAAACUCUCCUUCACCAAUCACUGGUUUGCCAUCCAUGCUAUAAAGUCUCAUGCUUGAUGGUAAUGAAGGCUAAAAAAUCAGUAUCUCAUUGACAGAAGAAGAAGAAGAAGAAGAAGAAGAAGAAGAAGAAGAACAGAUUUAAUCUGUAUUUACAAUUGGAGGGCUUGGGAUCCCCUGCUCUACUCUGCUAUCCAAAAAUGUAAGCUGGACACCUUGCUUAAGAAGAUGCACAUGUGAAGUUUGCUUAAGCAGAUACACAUGUGAAGUUCUACAAAUCUAUAUGCUCCAGAUAAGGGACCAAUUCAUGAAGACACUAAUGAAACUGGAGUCAAUGUUUGCAAAAAAAUUGCAGAUAAAACUUACUUGAAAGCUUUUGUAGUUGUUUGAGUCAGAACUUUAUCUGGAGCCUCAUGACAUGCCUGUCGUUGGAUUGCAUAUCUAUGCAACACGCAUAGGCUAUCAAUUCCCUUUCUAUUGGAAUCAAGGUGUGAAGGAGAAAAUAAUGCAAAUGGAAUCCAAUUCUCUAAUCACAGGGUCAGCCAGUUAAAACGUGGGAGGGAGAGCUUGAAUCAAAUUAAGCCAACUCCAUGCAAAAGAUGAAUUCUGGCUAUGAAACCUCACCACUCACAAGUUCUUUCUUAUCCAAGAAUUCUACAGUAGCCAUUAUGUGAUAAUAAGCUGAGCUCUGUCUUGCUUCAGUUCAAGCAGAGCUUUCUGAUUGAUCAGCAUGCUUCUGAUGAUCCUUCUGCUUCUCCAAAAGUUGCAGCUUGGAAAUGUGAAUGUGAAGGUAGUGAUUGCUGCUCAUGGGAUGUUGUAGAGUGUGACAGGGACACUGGCCAUGUGAUCGGCCUUAACCUUGGCAGCACCUGCCUCUAUGGUUCUACCAACUCCAGGAGCGCCCUCUUCCACCUUGUGCAUCUUCACAGGCUUGAUCUCUCUGAUAAUGAUUUCAGUUACUUUAAGAUCCUAUCUGGAGUUGUCCAGCUUUUGAGUCUAAGAAGUCUAAACCACUUGUCUUCCAGAUUCUCCGGCCAAAUCCCAUUGGAGCUCUUAGUGCUGUCUAAACUGGUUGUCCUUGAUCUCUCACAAAAUCCAUUGAAGCGCUAGUAACCUGACCUGGCUUCUGAUGCAGGGGUCAGAAGCAUUUCCUUGUUGUAGCAUUUGGGAAGCUGGUUGUAGCAUUCCUGGUGAACGGUGAUUUCUCCUGUCAAUUUGAUAUAUGCUGGAAAUAUGAUAGGGUGAUGAAGGCCAAGGAACCACUUCGGUGUUGGUUUGGAGAUCAAUCACUGAAAGGUUCAGAUGAUUUCUUUUUCUAGUUUCUUCCAAUUUAGGGUAGAUUAAGAGGUAUCCUUAUGGUAGCAAAUUCUUCUGACCUAAAGCUUAAGUGAUCCUUUAGUGAAACAAAACAUAAUCCAGGAACAUUCCCUCCUUCAGUCACUGUUGCUAGCCUUCAGGAAGCUGAGCAUUUACAGAAAUAAAUAAAUAAAUGGUACCCUGCUUUCCAUAGCAACCAUGUUAGACUAAGAUUUUUUCAUUGACUUCUACGGGUGGCUUAUGCUGAGAAGUAAAAGUCAUUAAUCAGGGCAGGUUCCUUUUUGGGGUUUCUGUGAAGGAUGGAUAGACCUGAACUUGAGCAUUUUUGACUGAAGAUGAUGAAUCAAGACUGGAAUCUACUUCCAUUUUUGACAACCUGAGAAGGUAACAUUUUUCAAGCAAUGGCAUAAAAAAUCUGUGGUGUUGGUCUACCUUCCUAAACGAAAUAUUUUGUGAUGAAAGUAGAUUACUACUUGUUCUUUUUUUCUGCCAACAAAACUGAUGUGCUGGAUUGGAGUUGAGGAUUUUUUUUAAUUCCCUCAUUCAUAUUUGUUUGAGUGUAUUUGUGAUUCAUUCUUGAAUGAUUCUCUUCCCCUUUUA